UUUUUCCCACCCACGGAGGCUUGGUGAGGAGCGUCUACCCGGGAGGCGCGUGCAUAGUUGAAAUAGAAGUAGGAAGACCGGACCUGUGGUCGCUGGGACUGAGGGCUUCCUGGGAGCAAGGGGCUCCCGGGAGAGGCCCCGGGUCGCAUUGUCGUUGGCUGCCGUUCGACCGCUGAUUGUUGGUGUGCGGAGUACGGGCUGGGCGGCGGCUUCUCUGCAAGAGUGCUUGAAGUUCGAGCCCUUUACUAGUUUUAAGAAAAUGGAACCUUAUUCCUGUGACACUUUUGUGGCAUUACCUCCAGCAACAGUUGAUAACAGGAUUAUUUUUGGAAAAAAUUCAGAUAGACUGUGUGAUGAAGUACAAGAGGUAGUUUAUUUUCCUGCUGCAAUUCAUGAUAACUUGACAGAACAUCUUAAGUGUACUUACAUAGAUAUUGAUCAAGUUCCCGAAACAUAUGCUGUUGUCCUUAGCCGCCCAGCUUGGUUAUGGGGGGCAGAAAUGGGAGCCAACGAGCAUGGAGUUUGCAUUGGGAAUGAAGCCGUGUGGGGAAGAGAGGAAGUUUGUGACAAAGAGGCGCUACUGGGCAUGGACCUUGUCAGACUUGGUCUUGAAAGAGCUGAUACAGCUGAAAAAGCCCUCAGUGUCAUUGUUGAUUUAUUAGAACAAUAUGGCCAGGGUGGAAAUUGUUCAGAGGGUAGGAUAGACUUUAGCUAUCACAACAGUUUCCUAAUAGCUGACAGGAAUGAAGCCUGGAUUCUGGAAACUGCAGGGAAGUACUGGGCAGCAGAAAAAGUACAAGAAGGAGUUCGUAAUAUUUCUAAUCAGCUUUCUAUAACAACCAAGAUUGAUCGGGAACAUUCAGAUAUGAGAAACUAUGCGAAGCAGAAAGGUUGGUGGGAUGGUGAAAAGGAGUUUGAUUUUGCUGCAACAUACUCUUAUCUUGACACAGCCAAGAUGAUGAUUUUACCUGGCAGAUACUGUGAAGGCUACAAGCUUCUCAAUAAACAUGAAGGAAACAUAACUUCUGAAACAAUGAUGGAAAUUCUCCGAGAUAAACCAAGUGGCAUUAACAUGGAGGGCGAAUUCCUGACCACUGCAAGCAUGGUUUCUGUCUUACCUCAAGACUCCAAACUUCCUUGCAUUCACUUCUUUACAGGGACUCCUGAUCCUGAGAGAUCUGUUUUUAAGCCUUUCAUAUUUGUGCCAAAUAUUUCACAACUGUUGGACACCAGUUCACCAACAUUUGAACUUGAAGAUCCAGAUACAGAGAAGCCACAUUUUAAGAUUAAGCCUGACAGAAGACACCCACUCUACCAAAAACAUCAACAGGCAUUAGAAGUUAUAGAUAAUAAAGAGGAAAAAGCCAAAACAAUGUUGGAUAACAUGAAGAAACUGGAGAAAGAACUGUUCAAAGAGAUGGAAUCUAUCCUUCAAAACAAGUAUCUUGAUGUGGAUAAAGCUGUUCAUCUCUUUCCUCAGUGCGUAAAAGAUGAAAUUAGAAUUUAUAAGUCAAAUAUUAGUUCUUAGUGAUCAUAUAAAUGUCAUCAAUCUCCCUCAGAGUCAGAAUCUAUCAACUUUGUAAAUGAUAUAAACCUAGUUUGAGCAGAUCUGAUUGUUCUUCAAUAGCACGCAAAUGAUAGCCAUUAGAUAAUUAUUAAAUAACUAUUAGAACUACAUGUAGUCUUCUUGAGAUAUUGAGAAAGAAAAUAACAUUGGAAUUGAACACAUGUAUCAUGGAUAGCCAGGUAUUACUUAAGGAACUGACUGGUAAUUAUUUUUUUGGCCACAGUAUCUUUUUUGAAAUCACAAUAAUUAAAUACUCAAUUGUGCAUAAAGCAUGAAACAUUAAAAUAAUGCAUGGAUUUAUGUUUAGUAUAAUUAUGUACUGUCCUCAAAUAAAUUUCUCAGUUACAACAAAGCAGAUUUUUCUUUAAUGGAAAAUAUUGUCUCAAGUAAUGAGUUUUUGUGCUUUAGGCAAAUAUUAAUUGGCUCUAACAAAAUUUUCCAGAUCUACACAUUCUUAUUACAGUGUAUUAAUUCUGUGAAUGCACUUCUGAUAAAUUCAGAUAUGCUCCUUGUCAAGAAUUGGCUGACCAAUGAGUCUUAGCUAUAAUUAUCUAGCAUUUUUUUGGCCACGCCCCUUAAUAGGCUUUUAUGUUAAUGUUUUUAGAAAAGCUUGUCUGGGAGAUUAGGAAAUGGGAUAAAGGAACCAAGACCAUAGGAAACACUGUUUCUGUGUCUCACAUCUCUCUUGUCUUUCACAUUUGUUCACUCAGGGAAAAUGGGAACAGGAAUGAGAUAGUUGAAAUUAAAUAAAAUUAUUAGUGUAUUAUGAACAUUAAGAACAUUAUCAUGAAAUAUGUAUUAGGAACAUUAUGAGUAAUAUCUGCCUAAAGUUUAUAAAACUUUGUUAAAGUUGCAUAGAGAUAACCAAGACUCAAAGUUGCAAACAUAAAGAAAGAAAAAUCCAACUCAAAAUAACACUAUUGAUUUCUAGAAAUGUUCAUUUUUGUUAUUUUAUUACAUUUUCAUAUUUGUUGGUCACUAAUACUGCAAUUAAGAGUAUUGCUAAAGUCAUGGAUCAUUAUAUUUAAAGAGUGUACAGGAAAUCAUUUUUAAAUUCUCUCAUAAAAUCUAUAACCGGGUAUUACUGCUCUUGUCUAAUAUAGGGCAGCAAUUACAAAAGAAAUCUGUCUCAGGUACUCAGUUAAAUCUGUGUUUGCUUUAUGUGUGGUUCAGGGAUAGUUUUCUCCCUAAAUCAUGAAGACCCUUGUUCAAGCCCCAUACACCUCUCUUUUUAAUAUAUAAGGAAAACUAAGGGUGAGCAGUUCAUUGAUUUAUCAAGCGACAAGAGAAUCUUACUUCUGUCUCUGAGCCAGCAUGUUUGCACUUUGUCUUUCGACACCAUCCUUAACCAAACUAGCACCAUCUCUCACCUGGACCACUGAAGUUAACUUCUUCUACAUCCAUUUUUUAUUUUUAUCUCUUUCCACUGUAGAGUGAUUUAUUAAAAAUUUGAAUCUGAUCAUGAAUUUCCCUCCUAAAAACUUUAAAAAAAUAGACUUUGUCAGAGCAGUUUUAGGUUUAUAGCAAAAUAGAACAGAAAGUACAGAGUUCCCAUAUACCCUUUGUCCCCACCCCCACCUAUCAGCAUCUCAAACCAGAGUGGUACACCUGUUACAACUGAUACACCUGCAUUGACACAUCAUUGUCCCCGAAAAUCUAUAGUUUACAUUAGGGCUCACUCACUCACUGUAUGUUCUGUGGGUUUGGACAAAUGUAUAAUGACAUGUCCACAAUCAUAGGAUCAUACAGAGAGCAGUUUCACUGCCCUCAGCAGCUCUGUGCCACUUACUCAUCACUCCCUCCUUGUAACUCCUGGCAGCCACUGAUCUUUUUAUGGUCUCUUUAGUUUUGUCUUUUCCAGAAUGGCAUAUAGUUGUAAUAUUAUAUUCAGCCUUUUCAGAUUGGCUCAGUAACUUACUUAGUACUUAGCACUUAAGAUUCCUCCAUGUUUUUUCAUGGCCUGAUAGCUUAUUUUUUAGUGUUGAAUAAUGUUCCAUUGUGUGAAUAUUUUAGAUGCUGCUAUCCGCUACUGAAGGCCAUCUUGUUUGCUUCCAUGUUUUGGCAAUUUUAAGUAAAGCUGCUAUAAAUGUCUAUAUGUAAGCUUUUGUGUAGAUGCACAUUUUCAACUCAUCUGGGUAAAUACCCAGCAGGCUGAGUCUAGACAGUAUGGUAAAAGAGUAUGUUUAAUUUUGUAAGAAACUGCCAAACUGUCUCCGAAGUGACUACCAUUUUGUCUUCCUACCAUUGUUUCACAUCCUUACUGGUAUUUGAUGUUGUCAGCGAUCUGCAUUGUGGCCAUAUAAGUGUGUAGUGGUGACUCAUUGUUUUAAUUUGCAUUUCCCUGACGCCAUGUGAAGGAGAGCAUCUUUUAAUAUGCCUAUUUGCCAUAUGUAAAUAUUCUCUGGUGAGGUAUCUGUUUGGCUCUUAUGCUCAUUUUAAAAAUUAAGUUGUUCAUUUUCUUACUGUUGAGUCUUAAAAAUAACUUUUUUGAGAUAAGUCCCAAUCCUUAGCAAAUACCAACAUGAUCCUGCUGAUCUACCCCAUCUAUGUUAUUAUACUUUCGCCAUUAUUAAAGUUUUUACCUUGCUGUUCUUUCAA